AUGAGCGAAAAACACGACCCGCACGCCGAGGAGGCCGAGGUUGUUCACGACCUCAAGGCCCAGGCCGUGGACGAGUCAACGCGUAUGCCUGAAGACAUUGCUGCCCUCUCCGAAGAUGAGCGCGAGAAGCUCGGCAAGCGGGCAACGCUCAAGAUGGACAUUGUCGUCAUGCCCGUCUUGGUCAUCAUGUAUAUCCUGAACUAUCUCGAUCGCCAGAACAUUGCCAGCGCGAAGCUCGCAGGCAUCGACACCGAUCUGGGAUUGUCUGCUGUCGAAUAUCAGACUUCUGUCAGUAUCCUGUUCUGCAGCUAUAUCCUGUUCCAAGUCCCCUCCAACAUGAUCGCGAGUCGAAUUAAGUGGCCUGGUCUCUAUAUCUGCAUCAGUAUGGCUCUUUGGGGAGCCAUCUCCGCCAUUAUGGCCUCUGUGCACAACUUUGCGGGACUCGUAGUCGCCCGUAUCUUCCUUGGCGCAAUCGAGGCUGUCUUUUUCCCUGGUGCCCUGUACUUCCUCUCCCUGUUCUACAACCGCAAGCAGUUCGCUCUCCGAACUGCUAUUCUUUACAGUGGAUCUCAGUUGGGGAACGCUUUUGGUGGUCUGUUCGCUAUCGCCAUUCUUAAUCUUGAUAAAGUCCACGGUCUUGCUGGUUGGCGCUGGCUUUUCCUCGUCGAAGGAGUCAUUACCGUUGGUCUCGCUAUCGUCUUCGCAUUCAUUCUGCCUAAUUCGAACAAGAAGAUUUUGGGUCUUUCCAAGUUGGAGUGCGACUGGAUUCAGUGGAACUAUGCCCAAGACCUGGGCCAGUCAGACGACGCCUCCCAGGAGAUUACUGCUAUGCAGGGACUGAAGAUGGCUGUCAAAGAUCCCAAGACUUGGCUCUUCACAGGCGUGCUUUACUGCACUUAUAUCGUCGGCGCGGUUUCCAACUUCUUCCCCAGCGUUGUCGGUGGCCUGGGAUACAGCCGAAACAUGACCUAUCUUCUCACCGCACCUCCAUUCCUCCUCUGCGUUAUCUGCAUGCUUGUCAACGGUUUCCACUCUGACCGCACCCGUGAACGAGGCUACCACAUCAUCGGAGCCCUCCUCAUCACCCUAGUCGCAAACAUAAUUGCCGUCUCUUCUCUCAACAUUGCCGCAAGAUACGUCGCGAUGAUGCUGCUCCCCGCCUCGUUUUACUCCUCCGCCAUCGUAACUCUGUCCUGGAUAACCGGCUCCCUGUCCCAGCCAACCGCGAAGCGAGCCAGCGCCAUCGCCUUCAUCAACGCUCUGUGCAACACCCCCAACAUCUGGUGCAGCUACCUCUACUACGGGGCCCCGCGUUACAGCACAGCUUUCAUCGUCAACGUUGCUGCGACCGGUCUCGCGAUUGUGUUCGCUUUCGCCGCUCGGAUUUACCUCCGUCGCGAGAACGUGAAGCUCGACCGUGGUGAGGAUGGUGGCAAGCAUGGGCCUACCGCGGCUCAGGUUGCUGCUGGAUUCAGAUAUAUCCUGUGA